AUGGAUCGACCCGUUCUAUCCCUUACCGGCGCCUACGCAGGCCUAUUCAACCCGCCCGUGUUGUUAUCCACAUAUAUCCCUGAAACCAUAACCAGAGGUUCUGUGUCUGUACCCAGUUCAGACUUCGUCAUCGAUCCCGCACAUAGAGUCAUCUACAACCAGUUGGGCGCGUACUCGCUGUUGACGUUCUCCAUGAGUGCGCUGCUGUAUCGCUGCACGAGGGAUCUGAAAGUCUGGAGAGUCUGGCAGGGGUCGGUGUUGGUUGUGGAUGUGGUGAUUUUGGGGGCGGCGGCUUUGGCGUAUAGGCAGCAGGGACGGUUGAGUUUGUUGAAGUGGAGGAGUGAGGAUUGGUUUGCGGUGGUGGUUACGGGGAUUUGUGCUUUGUUGAGGGCGGGGUUUUGUUUGGGGAUUGGUGUACGUGAGGGUGAAAAAGGGACUGAGGGUGAGAAGAGGAAGAGGAAGUGA